GUACACUGUGUUUCACCCUACACUUACCCAACGCAGGUUGUGCUCGCUUACCCUGCAUUCGAAGAAAACCUGAGUGAAUUUGAAAAACUCAUUCGAUACCGCGAGGCUAAAAUAAAACAAUUAUGGGAUGGAAACUACAAACUGGAGACUGAGCAAGUGCAGUGUUUGCCCCUGGCUAACAUCGUCUACGCAUCAACAACAAUCGCUGACAAAAUCGACUUGCUUGUCCUGGAUAUGGCAGGAUCUGAUCUAGAACUCCUGAUGAGCACCAACCUCGACUGGAUCCCUGAGCUAGAUAUGGUUCUGAUAGUGGCGCAUGGAGCGGAGGUGGCCUCAGACGUGGGCGGAUUUUUCAUGGAGAAGGAUAUGGUGGUGUCGAAGGUGUUUGGCGCCUCUGCGCAAGAAGCUCGUUUCAUAGUCACCAAAUUUGAAGCUGAUCUAUCCUUGGUUGACUAGAUUUUUAUAACGGAGCAUCAUGAUCCGGCUUGAUUGUUGGGCUUAUCUCCGUUUUGACAUCUUUUAGGAAUGAAAGGACGUUAAAUUAUACUUUGUAAGCUACUCAUACAUGAUACAGACAGACACCUUUAGGCAAAAGAAAGUUCAAAUGGUGCGUUUUUGGUUUGAACGUGUACUAAGCAAGGAAACCGCACUAUUAAUAUAUAAUUAAUUUUGCGUGGAGAUUACAAAUGCAUUGACUUCUCCUGUUUGUAAGGCAGUCGGAGGUUCUGAUAAUCAUUUACUACAGCAGCUUAAGUUAUUUUCACUAGAUGCUGAGGAUUCAAUCUCGGUAGGACCGUAGGACCAAAAUUCAAUUUAAAUGCAUACUCAAGUGAUUAUCUAUUAAGGCAGAAAUUCUACGGGCGUUACUCAAUAACGUUUUUAUUAAGAAUUCCUUUAAAUGUG